AGACCCAAAACUAGACCCGACUGGACCAAAGAACAGCCAGACAGGUGGUCCGCUCUAAAACCCCAUAGCCGCGGGAGUUAAACCCUAGGUAUAUAAAUGGGUUGUUUUGUUCCAUUAAACCCUAGGUAUACAGGAGAGAGAGAGAGAGAGAGAGAGAGAGAGAGAGAGAGAGAGAGAGAGAGAGACGAGACGAGGGUACCUUCGUUUCAUAUGCUUUGUGAAGAGCAAUAGACUACAAGGCAAGGAACGGACGUUUAUCUUCCUUGAGCUUCAAACACCUGUUCUCACAAUGUCUGUAACCACCGACGAAGAAAUCGCGAAGCUAGAAAUAACCACGAAGCUGUUCAGAAUCCGGAGGACGACGUUGCAGAUGUUGGAAGAUCGGGGUUACAAGGUCGAUGAGGAGGAGAUGAAGAUGACGAAGCAGGAGUUCAUUGAUAAGUUCGGAAUGAGCCCCAAAAGGGAAGAACUCAUAAUCCAGACGCAGAAAGGAGACGAAUCAGACGAUCCAUCUGAUCGGAUUUUUGUUAUGUUUCCUGAAGUAUCAAAGAAGGUUGGCUGUUCAGUCCUGAAAACCUGUGUAACAAAAAUGGACACAGAGAAGGUUUCCAGAGCAAUCUUGGUUAUUCAACAUGGCUUGACACCCCAAGCAAAAGCAGUCAUCGGUGAAGUUGCUAAAAAAUAUCGGAUAGAGACUUUCCAGGACUCAGAGUUACUUGUCAAUGUCAAUGAACAUGAACUUGUUCCGAAGCAUGAGGUGCUCACUUCUAAAGAGGAAAACGAAUUGUUGGAAAAAUACAAAGUCAAACGUGCGCAGCUACCUCGAAUGUUGGUGACCGAUCCGAUUGCUAGAUAUUUUGGACUAAAGAUGGGGCAAAUUGUGAAGAUCACUCGAAAGAGUGAGACUGCUGGUACAUAUAUAACAUACAGAUGCGUGUUCUGAGCUCAAUUUGAUUCCGAGAACGUCAUACUUGGGAUGUGUUUUCUUUGAACAGUUAUUCUUCUUAAUUUGCUUCUCAAAAUCACCAUUUUGUCACAACGUUGUUGAUUUGAUUACCCAAUUCUCUGGACAUUCGUGUCCAAGUCAUUUUUGGUCUCUGUAGUUUUGAACCCCUUGGCCUCUUAUCUUGAUAUGUGUUGGGAUCCUAAAUUUGUGAAGUGAUUUACAAAGAGAAAGGAAAAUCGUAGGAAAAA